CCAGGGGGGCCGCCAGGGGGGGCCACGUGGCCGCACAAAUGACCGGCCGGGCUCCCCUGGCGGCCGGGCCUGCGGGCUGGGCCCGGAGCUUCCUGCCGGGAGAUGGCUGACCCCUCGGGACUCCUGGGGGCGGCAGGUGCCUCCCCCGUGUCAGCAACCCGGCUGCAGCCCAGCCCGCCGCCGGCCGCACCCACCGAGCCCUGGGGGCCGCAGAUGGCCGGCGGGGGCAACAGCUCGCAGGCCCCCCAGCUGUUCCUCACCAGCGCGCUGGCCCGCGGUGUAUCGGGGGUGUUCGUGUGGGCCGCCCUGGUGCUCACCUGCCACCAGAUCUACCUGCACCUGCGCGCCUACACGGUGCCCAGCGAGCAGCGGUACAUCGUCCGCCUGCUGCUCGUGGUGCCCGUCUACGCCUUCGACUCGUGGCUCAGCCUGCUGCUGCUGGGCAGCCGCCAGCACCACGUCUACCUGGACUCCCUGCGGGACUGCUACGAGGCCUUCGUCAUCUACAGCUUCCUGAGCCUUUGCUUCCAGUACCUGGGCGGGGAGAGCGCCAUCAUGGCUGAGAUCCGGGGAAAGCCCAUCCAGUCCAGCUGCCUGUACAGCACCUGCUGCCUGCGGGGCACGGCCUACUCCAUCGGCUUCCUGCGCUUCUGCAAGCAGGCCACGCUGCAGUUCUGCGUUGUGAAGCCGGUCAUGGCCCUGGUCACCAUCGUCCUGCAGGCGGUUGGCAAAUACCACGACGGAGACUUCAACGUCCACAGUGGCUACCUCUACGUCACCCUGGUGUACAACGCCUCGGUCAGCCUGGCACUCUACGCCCUGCUGCUCUUCUACGCCGCCACCCGGGAGCUGCUGCGGCCCUUCCGGCCGGUGCUCAAGUUCCUCACCAUCAAGGCCGUCAUCUUCCUCUCCUUCUGGCAGGGCGUGCUGCUGGCCAUCCUGGAGCGCUGCGGCGCCAUCCGCGAGGGCCAGGCCGCGGACGGGAGCCGGGUGGGCGCCGGCGCGCUGGCCGCCGGCUACCAGAACUUCGCCAUCUGCGUGGAGAUGCUCCUGGCCUCCGUCGCCCUGCGCCACGCCUUCCCCUGCCGCGUGUACGCCCAGAAGGACAGCUCGCCAGGGCCCCCGGCGCCCAUGCAGAGCAUCUCCAGUGGCCUCCGGGAGACCAUGAGCCCGCAGGACAUCGUGAGUGACGCCAUCCACAACUUCUCGCCCGCCUACCAGCACUACACGCAGCAGGCCACGCACGAGGCCGCGCCCGGCGCCCUGCCCGGCGCGGGGGCCGGGGGCAGGAGGAGCCGCAGCAUCGAGAAGCGGAUGCUGAUCCCCUUGGAGGACCCGUAGGCCGGGGUCUGGCCGCCGGGAGAGGGCAGGGCCCCUCGCCCCGGCCCUCCGCCAAAGGCCCGGCCUCUCUGGGAGCUCCUGCCGGCCCGUGGGAGCCGGCGCCCGGCUGUCCGAGGAGCCAGGGACCCGUGCAGCUGGCCACGCCCUCCGGUGCUGUGUGGCGGCCGUGGGGCGGGUCUGGUCGGUCCUCUGGGGCGCUGCUCCCCAUCCCUCACCCGGAGGUGCUCCCUGGGGGUGCGGGGCCACCAGCCGAGCUUAUUUAUGCAUAAACCGGGCUUUCCAGGACUCCCGAGGCCUCUGUCCCUGCAGGGCCGCGCCCUGAUGGAUGCGGGCGGCCAGGUGGAAGGGGCCCGUGGUGCCAAGUCUGGGUUCUGGGGCAGCGUCCCAGCUCCGAGCAGGACAGGACGGGGAGCUCACCGAAUGCCCUGCCCCGCGCCCCCGAGGCUGGGACCCCCUCACAGCCCCUCGUGCCAGCCCCGCCCACGUGGGUCCAGCCACACACACACAGUGGGAGGGUGGAGGAGCUGGGGCCCGGAGGCCACGUCCUGUCCUCUCCUCCGCGUGGCGGUCUGGGUGCUGCCGGACCUCUGGGAGCCUGGAAGUCGGGGUCACACGUGGGCGGGCCUAGCAGGAGGAGGGGGCUCUGCAGCCGAGGCUGCCAGUGUUGGUCUGUCCCGUGUCUGGCGUCAGCAGGUGGGGGGGAGGGGGGGGGAGGGGGCCGGGCAGUGGCACGGGCUGCCCACAGGCAGGAGGCCCAGUGGCCAUGCCCUCGGCCCCCCUUCCACCCCCCACCCUCGGGCCGCCUGCUCCCGCGUCACCAGGGGACGAGGCAGAGGUGCCAGGUCCAGACUCCUCAGGUGGACUGGCCAGCGGUGUCCACAAUGGCGGGGUCCUCCCUGGGCCUGGGACGGGCUCCGGGGCAGCCUCCCGGGCCCAGCGGCUGCUGAUAAGAGAGGCCGCCCCCCCUGCGCCCGCUGGAAGGUCCCCCGAGGCUUAUCUGGCCUCUGCAGCUGGCGGCCGCCAAGCCGCACACCCAGGCUCGGCCCUCCCGGAGGGAGAGGUGCCGACCAGCCGGGGGCCUUGUGGAGGCUGAGCCGGGGAGCACCCAUGUGCCCCCCGCAGGCCUGAGCUCCCAGCGCUGUGCACGGCAGUUAGAGGCCCAGGGACACGCAGGGGCGGCAGGCAGCAGGGCGGGCUGUGCAGGGACAGACAGCGGUGCUGGGCUUGGUGCUUUGGAGGGAGGGGAGGUGGGCGUUUGCCAAGCACUGGCCAGACGGUACUCACUUCCUCGCGACAGCCCGGGAGGCGGCCAUGCCCGGAGGCUGAGCACCUGUGGUCACAGCUGCAGAGACCCGUUCUCUCCGUCCUGGCCCCGAGACUCCUGUCGUGGGCAGAACCAGGUCCAGGCUCCUGCCCGCUGGCGAGAGGACCUGGGGCCUCGGGCCUGCCUCCUGGUGGGGCCUGCCUCGGCCACGGGCAGGAGCGGCUUGCCUGGGCCUCGGUGCUCUCGCUGUAAGACGGCCCCGCGGUCCAUGUGGAGGGCCUUGGGGGUGGGGGGGCCGGGAGGCCAGGGCCUGCGCCCACCGCUCACAUGCACAGGCUCCGGCUCCUGGUCUGGAGGCUCUCGAUGAUCAGCUGGGCCGGCCCCGGGGAUCUGCUCAGCUGGGGACACCUGUGGCUGCCACUGACCAGCUCAGGGUGACAGCGGCCACUGCAGAGGCUGUGUCCGUGGACAGCCCCCGGCCAGCACAGGUGGGACCUCGGAACCCUGCCCACCAACCGGGGAGGGGGCCUGCUGCCCCUCCCACUGGCCGCCCGGCACGGGGCCAGGCAGCUCAGGAGACCCGAUCUCAGCAGCACCCGGUUCGGGUGAAGGGAAGUGGGGGGACCACCAACCACACAGGAGACACCCCUGAAACGAGGAGUCUUUAUUGCGAAGGUACAAAAGCAUCCGGCGGAGAUGUACAGCAAUAAAUUAGGUGUGGCUGUGGGCACGGCAUGCCCACGGGGACAGGGUCACCAGAGGGUCGUCUCAAUAAUUUAUGUCGGGGCAGAAGCAGCACAAAAUAAAUAUUGAAAUGGAAUUGCUGAGCGCCGAGGCGAGGGGCGGGCCUGCCCUGGGAAGGCAGGUGCCCGCGGAAGAUUCCGGUCUGAAGCCCAGGGCCUCCCUGUCCUCUUAAAUAAAAGUCCACCUGUUAAACGUGA